AUGCUGCUCCCCUCGCCGCGCAAGCCUCACGACCCGCGGCCGUUCCGCAAGCAGUACCCUCCCGUCAAGCCCACGCCCAAGCCCGUCAACUUUGACCAGCCCGCCAUCCCCAACCCCAUCGAGACGGCCGCAGCCCACGAGCGCUUCCGUGCCGGCUCGAGGAAGGUCGCCAUCGGCCUUGGCGGUCUCGUGAUCGCCGGCGGCCUCUUCUACCUCGGCCGCGACUACCUCCACCUCGACGACGCCGGCCGCUCGCCCAUCCGGGGCCUCGAGCUGCCCCACGACGAAAUGGAGCGCAAGGUGCGCGAGGCGCAAAAGACCCAGUCGGCCAGCUCCAGCUUUGCCCUCCUCGCCCUCACCCGCUCCACGACCAUCGCCAAGGCCGUGGCGCUGUGCGUCUGGGACUACCGCAAGACGCUCAACGCAAAGUACGACUCCAAGCACGACGAGCAGGAGGGUCUGCGCCAGUGCCACCUGCGCUCGGCCAACCGCAUCCUCGUCGCGCUCCAGUCCAACGGCGGCCUCUACGUCAAGCUGGGCCAGCACCUGUCGGCCGUCAUCCUGCUGCCCGAGGAGUGGACGACGACGCUGCGCCCGCUCCAGGACCAGAACACGGCCACGCCGCUGCCGGAGCUCGAGGCCAUGUUCCGCACCGAGACGGGCACCACCUUUGACGAGGCGUUUAGCGAAAUCGACCCGAGGCCGCUCGGCGUCGCGUCGCUCGCCCAGGUCCAUCGCGCCGUCGACCGCCAGACGGGCAAGCAGCUGGCCAUCAAGAUGAUGCACCCGGACGUCGAGCGCUUCUCCGAGGUCGACAUGCAGACGGUCACGGUGCUCGUUCGGUGGGUCAAGCGCGUCUUUCCGCAGUUUAGCUUCGAGUGGCUCGCCGACGAGAUGAACCAGAACAUGCCCCUCGAGAUGGACUUCCGCCACGAGGCCCAGAACGCCCAGCGCGCCGACGCCGACUUUGCCGGCUACCGCACCACAUCGGUGUACAUCCCCAAGGUCAAGUACGCCUUCAAGCGCGUCAUGGCCAUGGAGUUUAUCGACGGGCGGCGGCCCGACGACCUCGAGUACCUGGCGCUGCACGCCAUCGACCGCAACCGCGUGAGCCAGGAGCUGUCGCGUGUCUUUUCCCAGAUGCUCUACCUGCACGGCUUCUUCCACGCCGACCCGCACGGCGGCAACGUGCUGAUCCGGCCGGCGCCGCCGGGAAGCCGGUCGAGGUACAACUUUGAGGUGGUGCUGCUCGACCACGGCCUCUACUUUGACAUUGACGAGGAGCUGCGCGCCAACUACGCGCGCUUCUGGCUGUCGCUGCUCAAGCCGGCCAGCCCCAAGGUGACGGCCGAGCGACGCAAGUACGCCAAGCUCAUCGCCAACAUCGGCGACGACCUGUACCCCAUCCUCGAGAGCGCCAUCACGGGGCGCGCCGGCCUCGAGGGCAGCGACCCGGACAACCCGCUGGGCGUCAAGGACCGCAGCCGCGCCAGCAGCCUGCUCGACAUGGAGGGCGGCGCCAACGUGACCGACGACGAGCAGGAGCACAUCCGCAAGACGGUCAUGGAAAAGGAGGGCCUGUUUGUGUCGAUCAUGGAGCUGCUGCGGCGGCUUCCGCGGCGGAUGCUGAUGGUGCUCAAGCUCAACGACCUGACGCGCUCGCUCGACGCCUCGCUGCACACGACGCACGGCUCCGCGCGGCCGUUUAUCAUUGCCGCGCGCUACUGCGCCGUGGCGGUGUACGACAACGACCUCAAGCACCUGGCCGAGCGGCGGUCGCAGGGCGAGACGUCGCUGCUGACGUCGGUGUCGCUGUGGCGCGAGUACGCGCGGGCGUGGUGGAGCUACGUCUACUUUUACCGCGGCCUCGGUCUGAUGGAGGGCCUGUCGGACGCCAAGGCGAGGCUGAGCAAGAUCUGGCAGUUUACGCGGGCCAUGGCGGGCAAGGGGGGCAGCCACGAGAAGGCCAAGCGGGCGGCGGCAGGGCUCGAGGAUAAAAAGGCGCGCGAGGACCGCGAGGAGACGGACCGCGAGCGCGCCCGCCUGGCGCUGCGGGACGACGAGGGCAAGCUGGCAUAG